GCAUAUGGCUGCAUAGGCUAUAUAUCAAUAUUUUGCCGUUAAGCUCUUUCGAGGAACUCGAUAACACGACGUGCCAUGUGCGUUCGAUUGUACGUGAUAUAAACACAGCUCCACGCAGCGAUUCCAUGCGGACACGAAGUGUGCUGAAAAACAUCGCAAAGGACGAGUUAUGAACACGUUGUUCCACGGGACGAGUCGGAUUUUGCAGUGCCGCGAAUGACACGCCUGUUCUGAAAAAAGAUGCGGCUGCCAACGAGGAAGGAUGACAUCUCGGUAACGCUGUUGUUAUUACUCGGCUUGUUUGUUCACGAGUCGCGUAGCUUGGAAGUGAUAUACGCGAUAAACGCCGGCGGCGAGGCGCACACGGACAGUUAUGGGAUACGUUACGCCAGGGAUCCUUUGCUGGGCAAGGUCGGCACCGCCUCCGAUUACGGCAAGCAGUUGAUCAUAGGACGUGUCAAUAACAUAGACCAGAUCUUGUAUCAAACCGAGCGCUAUCAUCACAACACCUUUGGCUAUGACAUACCGAUUAGUCAGGAUGGUGACUAUGUUAUGAUACUUAAAUUCUGCGAGGUUUAUUUCAACUCGCCGAACAUGAAGGUCUUCGAUGUUGUGCUGAAUGGAGAUCAUACGGUGGUCACUGAUUUGGAUAUUUUUGAAAGGGUCGGCCGAGGUGUUGCACACGAUGAGUAUGUGCCAUUCAGGGUACAGGAUGGGAAGUUGAUAUAUAAUGACGAGGAGUCAGAUAUUCUAGCAGGAAUAAGAGUAGAAUUUAUAAAGGGCUAUAGGGACAAUCCAAAAAUAAAUGGAAUAGCUGUAGUGAAAGGUGCUUUGGAAGAUAUACCGCAGUUAGGACCGAUACCUCAAGAUCCGGAGGAGUAUCACAAUACGCAAGAGGAGGAAGAGGAGACUACUGUGCGUAACCGACACACGAGUGGGCCCAGAACACCCGACCCGUACUCGAUAGACGAUUCCUCUGUGAUGUUACCUGUUUUCGUAGCCAUCGGCGCUUUCAUCCCUUUGUUGUUCUGUCUGUGUAAAUUAUAAGAACAGCAGAUGCACGCACACGUACAUAGGGUUGCCUUGUACUUAACGGUAACAGUGUUCCCGAUUGUUUAGGCACGCUCACAAUCCAUGAGAGGGUGUCUAAAUAUGUAAAUAAAUAUUCAGUAAGUAAGCUUCUCCUUACGUUGCGUUGUGAGGUUUAGUCUAGAAAAUAUUUAUUAAUUUAUCGAUUUAGACAUGCAUAUAUCGAGUGUGUCGGAAACAAAGUUUUGAGAUCUCUAAUCGUAUUUUAAUGACAGAUUUUUUAAACUGCUUUUUUAAUCGACUUUUUUGGAAAAAUUUCGAUGAGUUGUGAAAGAAAGAAUAUCGUUUGCAUCUUUUUAUAUUCGAAUCUCCCAUUGAAAUUUUUUAUUCCGAAACAAGUCAAUAACAUUUUAUUAUUUAAUUACAAUAUUAGGAAUUUAAUUUAGGAAACUGUUUACAAUUAUUUAUCGUCGGGAAGUGUUGUUAAUACAUUGUUUCAACUGAGUUGACUAGAUUAAUCAAAGAAUCUAUCACUAAAAUUAAAAUUAGAGAUUCUGACACAAUCUACAAUGAAAAAAAUAUAUAGACAUAUUUCAUAAAUAUAAUUAAUACUUUCACAUACGAAACUUCCAAGCAAUUAUGACUUGCGGUAUUUUGUUAUUAUGUUUUGUAUUUUAAUACUGUGUUUUGCAGUUUAUUAUAUAUCAUGAAAUAUUUUGUACACGUCUCAUUCACUUCUUACAUAAUCUGGUCCCAAAGAGUUAGAAGAUGCCAAUGACGUGAAUUAUAUAAUUUUAAACUUUUUAGUAUUUAGGAUCGUUAGCGAAAUGGAUUUCACGAUUAAGCAAGUUCUUGAGAAUCUUGUAGUCCAUUUAUAUACCAAAGUACAUAAUAUCAAUUUUUUGCACGUCAGAAUAUAAAUCUGUUAUUAAAUCUGUUAUUGUAAAACAA